GUUCUUUUUCCCGUACAUACUCCCUCUGUUCAUUGUUUAUUUUCAAACACAAUAAACGAAUAAAAAACGUUGCAACGCUGAUCAGAAUAUUUUCGAACAUCCAAGAUCGUUUCUUUAUUUUCAUCAUCAUGUUUUAUAUCUCGAUGAAACACGUUCAAAUAUCAUCCACGUAUGUGCACGCCCUUCGCAGCGAAAGGGUUAAUACCAAGGAUGAAAUCAACGAAGGUACAGGAUCAGUUAAUAACCGUCGAAUAUCGAACAGCUGUAAUCUCUGGAUAGUUCAACAGACGAAUUCGUUUGUUGAUUACGUUUGAUCAACUCGGUCGAGAUUAAGAAUGGGAUGGCAGCUAUAAGUGAUACGUUCACCUGUAAAGUUUAAAAAAAGAAUGACGUUCAUGAACGUCUUGAUAUUUCUGUUGUUCGUUACAAUAGUAAGAUCUCGUCCAAUGUCUUAUAGUACUUACGACGAAAAAGAAUUGUCCCGAGAUAAUUCUCCAUUUUUACUUCUGGUCGACCAUCGGAUUCCGGACUUGGAGAACGAGAUGUUUGACUCGGGCAACGAUCCUGGAUCAACGGUGGUUCGAACCAAACGAAUUGGAUCUUUGUCAAUCGUGGAUUCCUUGGACGUUUUACGGGAAAGGGUGCUCUUGGAACUUGCACGACGCAAGGCGUUGCAGGAUCAACGACAAAUUGAUGCUAAUCGACGUAUUUUGGAAAGUAUUGGUAAAAGAUCAUUACCUGUCUAUAACGGGGAUCGAAAGAAUGGGAUGGAAUAUAUGAUUGAACAUGAAAGAAAGAAUCAGAACGUAACACCGGAAAGAAUCACUGGUGGAUUUCAAAAUUGGCUACAAAGGGACGAUUCCGUCUUUCGAGAAAGACAAGACGGGCCGACUCGAAGGGUAACUUAUUUCUGAAGUACAGGCAAACGAAUUGCAUUUACUGUAAUUGACUCUGAAAGGCAAAUAUAAAAAGAAGAAAAAAAUCAACUAUCGCUAUAUUACGGUUUUUUAUCUAACAAGCUAAUGAAUUGCGUAUAGUUUAUGUAUUAUUCGUCAUACCCCUCAGGUUUUACAUGUAUGUGGUACAUUUAACGGUGUGCAGGAGCCAUAAUUUAAUAGCGUUACAUUCAUGAAUUAUAUGGAAAUUAACUCGUACGUCGAGCACAAAGUAAUUAUUAGCAUGUUCGCAUAAAAUUUCCAGUAAAGCAGGAUUAGUUCAAAGGAUAGAAUGUAUCAGUAUUCUUCUGUAUAUUUUAAUUCUUUUAAUAGCUAGUUUAAUUGUAAGCAUCCUGAUGUGGGUUCGGAAAAGGAGGGAAAUAGAAAUGAUAAAUGAAUAAGAAAUAUGGAUUUUAUUAAAAAUAUAUGACUAAAGCUGAUAUUGAUUAUCCAAGCUUCAAAUAUAUUCUAUUUCUUCCUUUUCAAUUAUGCAACACCAUCAAACAGAACAGUAUUAUAUAUUGUGAUUUGUUCCAGUCUGCCCAAAACAGUAAUCUCCACGCUUAAUAUUUGAUAUCCAAUGUUGGAUACAUGUAACUUAAUAAUGUAUGUUUCUUUAUGUUAAUGUUUUAAGUUUUAAGCACUGAACGUGUAUUAAUGAGGUGUAGAAAGUAUAUUCAUCACAGGUUUUGUUUAUAAUAGUAAUGAGUUCAAUCAAAAAAUAAAUGUUCCAAUGAAACAUUUCAAGCUCUUUAACGCGAAUCGCUUUUGUUUCAUUUAUUUUAUUAUUAUGAUUAAACAAAUAUUGUGACAAUAGAAUUCGACUACUUUCAGUGUUACCAAAGAAAUGCCAUAUUUUGCGGAUAUACUCAAAAUAAUCGGUCAAUAGUUCCUUUUGUAUGCAUGAUAAAUUAAUAUAUGUAUAUGUUGUGUUUUCAGUAUUCGUCUUCAAAUUGUAUUCAUGUCCACGUCGAACAUCGAAGCGUAACUUAUUUGUUAAAUGUUCUAGUUUUAGUCUUAAGUGUUAAUAUGUUGUAUUAAAAAUGUAAAACAACAUUAAUGUUUUCACAAUUAAUAUAAAUGUGAGAAACUUGUGAUCAUCGGGAAUAAUUAUAUUUCUUUUUUUUUUUGUAUUUAUUGAAUGUAAUUCCUGUUUUUAAUUUCACCCAUUUUAAUCUGGUUCUUCAUUGAUUUUUGCUAAUCAUUCCCCUGGCUGUACAUUGAACAUAAAUGAUCUUUAGGACUAUCGCGAGAACAUAGAAAAUUUACAAUAUAGUAAUGAAACAAGUUAAUGCUUCUGAUGUUUACGUUAAUAUUAGAAUAUAGACAUACCUACACGCGAUUAUUAUUUAUGUGUUAUACUAUAUAACUUGUUGCUAAAAACAAAAAAACGUGUAUAAGAAUAACUAAAAAUGUUGUAUGUAAUAUAGGUAGAACGUAUUUAUUUUAAAAAA